AUUCUUGAAGUAUCUAUUUCAAAUAUGUAUAUACUGCUAUUGUUUAAAUAUUCUUUGAGCAAACAUAUAAGAUUGAAAGACUUGUAUCUUUCAAAUAUAAACAUCAGAAUGUAAAUAGGUGCGUCAUUUACUUUGUCAGAAUCAAUCCGUCAUACAUGAAGAAGUCCAGCCCUUAAUGUCACUGUAAUCGAACAGUAAGAAAAAUUCGGACAAAAUAUGGCAUAUAAGUUCAUGUGUAGAGCACCAUACUUAAGCUGGGCUACCUGUCUAAUUUUGACAGUUACAACAGUACACUGCUGCACGGCUGAGGGUGCACGAGAGAGCUUUGAAGCGGAGUACUACACCAAUGUUUCGCUACCGUGCAAUUUCACACUCCAUAACCUGACUUACCCCGGCAUUAAUGUACCUUUCAAGAAAUAUUGGAUUCUUCCAAAUACCACAGUUCUAGCCGAUAACUUUGCCGGAAGUGACAGAUAUCAUAUCGAGGCUACUGAUCCUUACACGUUUAGCCUACGGAUAGACAGUAUUGACGAUCCGGACUUUGGUGUGUAUCACUGUGUUAUGAUAUGGGAGAAUAUCUAUUACACUGCUAGUGUAAUUCGUGUUGCCUUAAAUGAGGACGGGCCAUUAUAUAAGAGGCAGCUUGAAACGUUUCAAAGAAACCUUUUGAUUGGCUGUGUUAGCGCAGGCGCAGCUGUUGUCAUAGUGAUUAUUAUAUGUGUCGUCUGCAGGUACCGCAAAAAGAAGUCAAAAAGGGAAGAUGCUUUGUCGAAUCUUGAUUACUACUCUCCAAGUUCAAAAGGCCACCACACUUCCUAUGAGUACGCAGUUAACGCAGGUAGCACCGGAAGUGAAAGAGGAACGGAACCGAGACAACUGAACGCGGAGGAGAUGUAUGCCAAAGUUGAUAGGACCGGACGUUGCUCUCCACGGGAAAGUGUGACCAUUACUUCAGCGCAUCUUUAGAUUCUUUACCUGCUAAUAACAAUAGUAUAUGUAGAAACAGUUUUAUUACAUAAGCAAAGUUAAAAACGUACCUUGCUUGAAUGGCGUUAUCCUCUGCUUGAAAAGCUUAAGAUGUAUAGUGUAUAUUUAUAAUGAUAUAAUAAGUGAAAUUGUACCGCAAUGUACUUUAAAAAGGACUACCUUGAUGUUCAUCUCUAAUUAAGAUACAGCGUUAACUAUCGAGUUAAUCUACAUUGUAAAGAUUUCAUAUCAUUUUAAAUUUACUUCGUAACAAUAUGAGUGCAAAAAACAAACAUACAAUCAAAUAACAAGUUUUGAAAUGGUCCAUUUUAAACAUAACGGCUUGCAAAGAAUAAUGGGCAAGAACAGCAGUGUUUUAAUAAAAGAAGUGACAAAAAAGGGACAGACAAGCAUUCGUUUCCCGCAUAAUUAAAACAUGUAGAAAACCUAGUACUUAUCAGUGAAGUUACAUUUGACCCCUUUAUUGGCCUUGUAGAAAGAUCUCUUAAAAGCGGUAUGGUCGCAAUAACAAAUACAUAAGAAUGAUGCCAGGUCGGACUGGAUC